AUGGCGGCGAGUAAUUAUUACGGCUUCGCGCAGGGCGCCGGCUCGCAGUACAGCGCCCAGCCUCCGAUGGCUUUUCCCCUCCCAGCUGCUGGAACCAGCUUAGCCGUGCAGCCUGCUUCUGGACUGGGCCCUGCCUUGAUCCCGUUUCCCGAGGCCGCCCAGCCACCCAGGCCCAUCACUCCAGCGGGGUACAGCAGGUACCAGCCCCAGCCCGGCCAGGACCUCGGUUACGGCGGCCAGCCCCAGGAGCCUGUGCUGGCGGCCACCACGGCUCCCUCCUACCAGGACAGUUACAGCUAUGGACCAUCGACAGCCGCUGGUGGCUACGAGAACAAACAGGACCUGCCACCUGCUGCUGGCCAGCCUCAGCUCCCAGCCAUGGCCACGGCCACGCUCUGCCCACCAGGGCCCCAAGGAGCCUACGGUGGCAUUGGGUACAACCAAGCUCAGCCCCUGCCGCAGGUGCCCACCGCCGAGGCGGGGCAGCUGGCCAGCACUUCGCCCUCCACCUCCACCUACCCUCUGGCGAGCAGCGCUCAGCCCGUGGCCUCCUCCCUCUCCACGCUGCCUUCCUCAUCCUCUUUUGGCCCGGCCUCCGCCCUGUACACUGGACCAAGCUGCCCGGGCUAUGACGCAUCCCUGUACUCAGCGGUCAGUCCUUACUAUCCCCCGCUGCUCCUCCCACAGAUGCGGCCACUCCCGCUCCCAAAGCCUGUGGACUCGUCCCUGUGGGGCGGCUCGGGAAGCAGUCCCAGUGCCCAUUGCACCGACAGCUUCGCCAAGAAGCUACCAGUUGCCACCAAGCUGCCGAAACCCAGGGGUGGCCCCAAGCAGCUCCCGCUUCACUAUUGUGACAUCUGCAAGAUCAGCUGUGCUGGUCCCCAGACCUACCGCGAGCACCUGGAAGGGCAGAAGCACAAAAAGAAAGAGGCGGCUCAGAAUAUGGGCAUCCAGCCCAACAGCAGCCCACGAGGGGUGCAGGCGCAGCUGCACUGCGACCUGUGUGCCGUGUCCUGCACGGGGGCGGAGGCCUAUGCCGCCCACAUCCGGGGGUCCAAGCACCAGAAGGUCUUAAAGCUGCAUACCAAAUUGGGGAAGCCCAUUCCCAGCAUGGACCCGGCGCCAGUGAAUUCGGCCCAGGCCACCAGCACCAGCCAGCCGGCCUCCACCCCGCUCACCGCAGAGAGCCCCCCUGCGGCCCCUGACAGCCCCAGCAUGUGUGCCCCAAGCAGGCCAGCGCCAGCCAGCAGACCAGCCGCCUCGAAGGCCUCGCACGUGGGGCCUCCUGCGCUGCCGGCGGCAGACAGCAGACCCCCCCAGGGGAAACCGGCACACCCCAGAUCAGAGUGGCCCGGAGAACUGCCCGCCCAAGGAGGCUCUGCGGAAGCUUCUGGAACAUGCUGUGACGCACAGCCGGUGGGCCCAGGCUACGUGGAGGAGGUGUGCAACGAGGAGGGCAGAGUAAUCCGGUUCCACUGCAAGCUGUGCGAGUGCAGCUUCAAUGACCCCAAUGCCCGGGACAUGCACGUGAGGGGGCGGCGGCACCGGCUGCAGUAUAAGAAAAAAGUGAACCCCGAACUUCCGAUUGCGGACAAGCCCAGCAUGAGAGUUCGGAAGUUGCUGGAGGAGAGGCUGAGGAAGCAGCGGCAGCUGAACAAGCAGCGUCUGGGGGAGCUGCGGCGCCAGCAUGACGAGAUGAGCAGGCGCUACAGCUUGUGCAAGAGGUGGCUGGAAGAGGAACCACAGGCACAGGAGGCGCGCUCGGGACGCUCACCGCCCGACCAGCAUGCACAUCCCCUCAGGAGCAGGCAGGGGUUGUCCACAGCCAAGCCUCUGCCCAUGAGACGGCCAGAAUCCAGCGACGACCGGCACGUCAUGUGCAAGCACGCCGCCAUCUACCCCACAGAGGAGGAGCUCCUGGCCAUCCAGAAGGCCGUCUCCCACUCAGAGCGCGCCCUCAAGCUGGUGUCCGACACAAUGGCCGAGGAGGAUUCCGCACGCCCAGAGCCAGAGGGCGGGGGGUGCAGCCGCCCAGGCCCCUCUGCUCGGAUCCUGAAAGGCGUGAUGCGGGUCGGCCUGCUGGCGAAGGGCCUCCUCCUGCGGGGAGACAGGGCCGUGCAGCUGAUCCUGCUCUGCUCCCAGAAGCCCAGCCGUGCGCUGCUGCGCAGAGUCACGGAGCAGCUGCCCCUCCAGCUCCCGAUGGUGACAGAGGACCAGUACGAGGUCUCCUCUGACCCUGAAGCCAACAUCAUCAUCUCCUCCUGCGAGGAGCCCAGGAUACAGGUCACUGUGUCCAUCACCUCGCCCCUAAUGCGGGAAGACCUCUCUGCAGACCGAGAAGGAACAGCGGUGCCUCCGCCUGACCCAGGAGAUGUCCUGAGCUCAGAGAAGUGCCUCCAGUCGCUGGCUGCCCUCCGCCACGCCAAGUGGUUCCAGGCGAGAGCCAGCGGCCUGCAGCCCUGUGUGAUCGUCAUCAGGGUCCUUCGGGACCUCUGCCAGCGCGUGCCCACCUGGGGGGCCCUGCCGGACUGGGCCAUGGAGCUGCUGGUGGAGAAGGCUCUGAGCAGCACGAAGGGGCCCCUGAGCCCCGGAAACGCCGUGAGACGGGUCCUGGAGUGCGUGGCCUCGGGGACGCUCCUGACAGAUGGGCCGGGGCUCCAGGAUCCCUGCGAGAGAGACCAGAUGGACGCCCUCGGGUCCAUGACCCUCCAGGAGCGGGAGGACAUCACGGCCAGUGCCCAGCACGCCCUGCGCAUGUUGGCGUUCCGGCAGAUCCACAAGAUCCUGGGCAUCGACCCUCUGCCGCCCCCCAAAAGCAGGCCUGGGGCGCGCUUCCGGAAGAGACCACGGGAGGCAAGCGAGACCGAGGCAGAGGAGGGCGCCGGCCAGAGGAAGCGGGCUGGUGGGGCAGAGAGGGGCCCGUGUGAGCGGCCUCGCCUCCCCAACGGGACCUGA